AUGCGGUGGUCGCCGGUCGGGGAGGUGGCAGAGGGGCCGCUCGGAGGGCACGGCGGUCCCCGCCGCCGCGGGCGGGCUAGGGGAGAGCUCGGCGCCGCGGGGGAGCCGUGCCCGCGUCCCCCGGUGUCCUCCCCGUGUCCCCCCGGUGUCCCCCGGCCCGGAGAGGGCUGGGGCCGUGCGCUGGCCGCCCGGCCGCACGUGUGCUCGCCCUGCGGUUUCAUUAGGGAGAAGGAGGAGGAUGAAAGGGGAGGCCGGGAGGAACGCGGAGCUCCCUCUGCAUUCCCCGGCUUUCAAGGGUCCUUAGAGCCCUUGAAUGAAAUUAUUGGGCGAAAUGGGGUCUGGCGGGAGCGGUCGUGGCUCGCCCCCCUCGGGGACCGGACCGAAAGGCGCAGCAGCCCCGUCGGGGCGGGGGAGGCGCGGAGCGGCGCGGGGCACCGCGGAUGGGGCGGCCGGGGCGGGCGCGGCUCCCCCCUCUCCCGCUCCGCGUCCUCUCUCCCCUCCUUCCUUUGUCGUCAAGUGCGUUUUAGCAACAAAGAUCCCAACAAGAGAGUGGAAGUAAACUUAGCCGGGGCUUUGUGCGGCCCGUGUAGUGACAACAAGAGAAACAAAACUACCUAUUUGCAGCGCCCGGCCGCGCUCCCGCCGCGCCGCGCGCCCACCCAGCGCCGCCGGCGCCCGCACAAUGGGCGCGGGUUGACGUUACGCCGGCCCCGGCCCCCGUCGAGGGGCUCGCUGCCCCGCUUUGUGUUCUGCAGGGCUGGCAUUUGGGGGACCCGUGUUCGCACUGGACACCCCCCGUCCUCCGAGGCCGGAGGGAAGGGUUUGGCGUUGUGUGUGCCACGACCGGAACGGAGCAGGGCCCGGGGGACGGUCGGGAGGAGGGCACAGCCUCUCCCCGGGCUGCGCGCUGCGAACUCAGCUUCCCGGCGGCGGCAGGCUGCCGGGCGGCACGGGAGAGGCGCGGCGCGGGACCCGGCCGGGGGCUCCGCUUUCACGGGGACCCCGCGCCCGCGGCGGCCCGGCCUGGACGGGGCGAGCGGCGCACACGCAGGGCCCCGCGCAGCCCAGCGGCCCCUCCGUCCCGAGGGGCACUGGCAAAGGGGGGUGGAGGCCGCGGGGGGGCGGGGGGAGACCGUUCCCGCUCCGCUCCCCCCAUGGCUUCUCCCAGCCCCAAGCCAACACCAACUAAAAAAAAAAAAACAAAACCAAAAAAACCAAAAAAAACCACCACGUAGCAACAAUGCUGUUUACCCACUUCCUCCAAAAGGCGUGUGUGACCUGUUGCUGGAAGGGGAGCUACAAAGGCUUCCCAGUGGCUGCCUGGGCCGCCUCCGGGCCCGCCUCCCCCGCCGAGCCGUCCCGGCGGCUCCGAGCCCCCGCCCCGUUUCAUGCAAAACCAGGGGUAGAGACUUGUCCUCAGUGGCGGAGCCGCCGCGCGCUGAUUGGCCGGGGCGAACGCAUUUAUUCCCUGACAAGCCCCCAUCACAUGGAUGGUUGUCUAUUAACUUGUUCAAAAAAGUAUCAGGAGUUGUCAAGGCAGAGAGAGAGAGUGCGUGUGUUUGCAAAAGGGGGUAAAGUAGUUUGCUGGCUCUUUAAGACCGAGGUGGAGAGAGAGAGAGCGAGCGAGCGGCAGGCAGAGA